AUGGAUUAUCAGUCAUAUAAAGAAAUUUCAUGGAAAGAGUUUUACCAUGAGUUUCUGGAACCCAGAAUUGUUGAUCGUUUAGAAGUAGUUGAUAAGAGAUGGGUUCGCAUUAUUUCUUCGGCUAAAGCCACGGGGCAGACAUACUACUUUAAUAUCGGUAGCGUGGAUAGCUUCGAAAGGAGCUUGGAUAUGGCGCAGAUGCAUUUGGGUUACGAUGCCGAUCGACAGAUACCUGUUCUUUACAAGUCAGAAUUUGACUUUAAGAGGGAAAUUCCAAACCUUAUCAGCGUCGCAUUCCCCUUGUUGUUUGGGUACUAUAUCUACCGCGUUCUUAAAGGAGGUGGAGCUGCAGGUGGUCGACCUGGGGGCGGAGGUGGUCUGAGUGGAAUGUUCGGUGGAUUUGGACAAAGCACUGCAAGAAUCAUCAACAAGGAGGACAUCAAGGUUUCGUUCAAAGACGUUGCCGGUUGCGAGGAGGCGAAGAUUGAAAUUAUGGAAUUUGUAAAUUUUUUGAAAAAUCCACAACAGUACAAAGAUCUUGGGGCGAAAAUUCCGAAAGGCGCAAUCCUAACAGGGCCACCUGGAACUGGCAAAACACUUCUAGCAAAAGCAACUGCCGGCGAAGCCAACGUGCCAUUCAUCACAGUCUCUGGUUCCGAAUUCCUCGAGAUGUUUGUUGGUGUUGGUCCUGCUAGGGUUCGUGACAUGUUUGCGAUGGCAAGAAAAAACAGUCCAUGUAUUCUCUUUAUUGACGAAAUCGAUGCAGUUGGUCGAAAAAGAGGUGGAAAGGGAGGAAUAGGAGGUCAUUCCGAGCAAGAAAACACGCUAAAUCAACUUCUUGUUGAAAUGGAUGGUUUUUCCACGGAGGAAUCAUCUGUAAUUGUCGUUGCUGCAACGAAUCGUGUUGAUAUCCUUGAUCCCGCUUUGUUGCGUCCAGGUCGCUUUGAUCGACAAAUUUAUGUUCCAGUUCCGGAUAUCAAGGGCAGAGCGUCAAUAUUCAGAGUGCACUUGGGUCCUUUAAAAACAUCUCUAGAGAAAGUUCAGUUAUCGAGGAAACUUGCUGCACACACUCCGGGAUUUUCUGGGGCUGACAUUUCUAAUGUUUGUAAUGAAGCUGCAUUAAUAGCUGCAAGGGAUGCCGCGGACGAGAUUAGCGAAAAGAAUUUCGAGCAGGCAAUUGAGAGAGUUGUUGCUGGAAUGGAGAAGAAAAGUCAGGUGUUACAACCGGACGAAAAGCGUACAGUGGCUUAUCACGAAGCAGGGCAUGCAAUUGCAGGGUGGUUCCUCGAACAUGCUGAUCCUCUUCUCAAGGUUGUCAAGUUCGGUAUGUCUCCCAAGGUAGGGCCAUUGUCUUUCGAAACGGCUGGGCCGGGCGAAAUGUCAUUUGACAAACCGUACUCGGAAGCUACUGCACAAAUAAUUGAUCAAGAAGUUCGUGACAUUGUCAACAAUGCUCUUUCAAGAACUAGGGAACUACUCCUCUCGAAACGAGAAGAAAUUGAAAAGGUGCCUGUUGAAUACCUCAAUAGAGGAUUGAUUCCAAAUUUAUUUCUUCUGUUUGAGUUGAUUAGGAAUGGUAUGAUUGCUCAACGUCUUUUGGAGAAAGAAAUUUUAUCUCGUGAGGACAUGGUUGAAUUAUUGGGUAAGCGACCGUUUGCUGAAAAGCAAACGUAUGAAGAGAUGGUCUCAGGAACAGGAGGAUUGGACGAGGAUACACAGUUACCGAAAGGUUUGAAAGACUGGAACAAGGAAAAAACUACAGCAGGGGCCAGUGACUGA